AACAAUCUUAGAAUUAAGAAGAAUACAGUUAAUAACCUACAUUUUCAUUGUUUUUGUAAAACUUAUAAUUAAUUUAUAUUUCUAUAACUGAAAGAAACUGCAUUUUUUAUUACUCAGUUUCAUUGAGAAUAUGUCUAAAAAAAUUCGUAUUCGCUUAGCAUCUCAGCGAGUAAACUCCUCUGUAGCUGUUAAUCAAAGAUAUCCCAAAAUAUUCACUCCAGGAGAAUUAAUAACCAAUCAAAAUGAGUUCAUGAGGGGACAUGGUACUUAUGAGGAGAGCGGCUUGUUAAAAGCUUCCGUUGCUGGUGUCAGAGAGCAAGUCAAUAAUCUCAUAUCGGUGAGGCCAUUGAAAAGCAGAUAUAAUGGUGAAGUAGGAGAUGUUAUCGUUGGAAGAAUCACAGAAGUUCAACAGAAGAGGUGGAAAGUCGAAACUAAUUCCAGAUUGGACUCCUUGUUGUUAUUGUCAUCUGUGAAUCUUCCUGGAGGAGAAUUGAGACGAAGGUCAGUGGAAGAUGAACACAUGAUGAGGCAGUUCCUUCAAGAAGGCGAUCUUAUUAGUGCUGAAGUCCAAAGUGUUUACUCUGAUGGAUCAUUAUCACUUCAUACAAGAAGCUUACGUUAUGGAAAACUAUCCCAAGGAGUAUUGAUUAAAGUAUUUCCUUCUCUGAUCAAAAGAAGUAAAACCCAUUUCCACAAUUUGCCCAUAGGAGCAAGCGUUAUACUCGGAAACAAUGGUUUUAUCUGGAUUUGUCCUAUUAUCGAUAAUUCUGAAGACAGCGUUGGAGGUUUUGUACAGAAUUUAGAAGAGGUUGUUCCAAGACAGGAACGUGAAACAAUUGCUAGGAUUCGAAACUGUAUUCUGGCUCUAACUCAGAGUAAAAUGAUGAUUUAUGAUACCAGCAUACUUUACGCUUAUGAAGAGUCUCUUAAAUAUAAUGUUGCUGAAUUAUUGGUGCCUGAAGCUAUGGUUGAUGUCGCCAUUUUGACGCAGCAGAGGCUGUCUAUGUUGGAAACUGAAUGACUUUUUUUUUGUUUAAUAAAUUUUUCCAUAUUUCCUUCA